CGCCGCCGCCGCCGCCGCUGGCUGAGAUGGAGAUGGAGAUGGGGAUGGGGAUGGAGAGGAGCAGCAGCGUGAUGUGCCAGCUGGUGAGCCCCGAAGGAGACCACCUCGGCGCCGCCCUCUAUCUGCCUCACAACGUCGGCCCUCCGCAGCUCCAGGAGAUCGUCAACCAUCUUCUCCACAACGAGGACAAGUUGCCCUAUGCAUUCUACAUCGGAGAUGAAGAGCUCUCUGUCCAACUUGGUGCUUACAUGCAGCAAAAGAAUGCAAAUGUUGAGGUCACCCUGCGCAUACUAUAUCAACCGCAAGCAGUUUUCCGCAUCAGGCCGGUCAACCGAUGCUCUGCUACAAUUGCUGGUCACACAGAGGCUGUACUAGCUGUUUCUUUCAGCCCUGAUGGAAGAUGUUUGGCUAGUGGUUCUGGUGAUACCACUGUUAGAUUUUGGGAUCUGAGCACACAGACCCCAUUGUUCACGUGCAAAGGCCACAAAAACUGGGUCCUCUGCAUUGCAUGGUCACCUGAUGGGAACCAUCUUGUUAGUGGAAGCAAGUCAGGGGAGCUUAUAUUAUGGGACCCAAAAACAGGCAAGCAAUUGGGCAGUCCACUUACGGGGCAUAGAAAGUGGAUUACUGCUGUAUCUUGGGAGCCAGUUCAUUUGCAAUCUCCUUGCCGCCGUUUUGUAAGUGCAAGUAAGGAUGGUGAUGCACGUAUUUGGGAUAUUACUACAAGGAAGUGUGUCAUUGCCCUUACAGGUCACACUAAUUCAGUGACUUGUGUCAAAUGGGGUGGAGAUGGUUUUAUUUACACUGGUUCUGAAGAUUGUUUAAUCAAAGUGUGGGAAACUUCUCAGGGAAAGUUGGUCAAAACACUGCAGGGCCAUGGUCAUUGGGUCAAUUCUCUUGCUUUGAGCACCGAGUAUGUUUUGCGCACUGGGGGAUAUGACCAUACUGGAAAAACAUAUUCAACUGCAGAGGAAAUGAAGGAGGCAGCUCUCGCGAGAUACAAGAAGAUGAGGGGCAAUGCGCCUGAGAGACUAGUUUCUGGUUCCGAUGAUUUUACAAUGUUUCUCUGGGAACCAACAAUUAGUAAACAACCCAAAGCUCGCAUGACUGGUCAUCAAAAGCUCGUAAACCAUGUCUACUUCUCUCCUGAUGGGCAAUGGUUGGCAAGUGCCUCCUUUGACAAAUCUGUCAAGUUGUGGAAUGGCAUUACAGGCAAAUUUGUUGCAGCUUUCAGAGGGCAUGUUGCAGAUGUCUACCAGAUCAGCUGGUCUGCCGACAGUAGGCUUCUACUGAGUGGAAGCAAGGAUUCCACCCUAAAGGUCUGGGAUAUUCGAACACGCAAGCUGAAACAGGAUUUGCCAGGGCACGCAGAUGAGGUGUAUGCUGUGGAUUGGAGCCCUGACGGUGAGAAGGUUGCAUCUGGUGGCAAGGACAGGGUCCUCAAGCUAUGGAUGAACUAGCCACGUGACGUCAUGCUUGUUGGUUCUUCCUCUUCUUUCUUUGGUGUGAGAUUUUUUUUCUCCUCUCUUGCAGCCAAGUUUUGAGCUGGUAGUUAUCUCCGGCAGGAUGGCAAUAUUAGAUGAGAUUGCUGCCACUACUUUGUUUUGGCUGCUUUCAACUUCAAUUGGGUACAGUUUCUUUCUUGUACUAGUACUGUAACUGUAAGAGAUGUACUGUAAAAGACAGAAAUUGAAUUGAUUGCUAGCUGCUUCCUCCGUUACAAGAUACGACAACUUGUACUUUCUUCAUAUCUAAAUAUUUAACACCGCUAAU